GCGAAGCAAACAGAUAGGAGUACUUCCCCAAAUGGGAAAUCACUGAUAAGCUGCGGUAAUCUCACCUAUAAAAAGGAGCAGCGAAAGUUGCAGCAGCACAAUCCACAGUUAACCUCUCAGUAAUCAAGAUGCAACUGCUGCCAAUCCUUGUGCUCCUCGCUCUCGUCAUCUGUGCCGCCUGCAAGAACCACGAGGAGUGGCGAGAACACCGACCAAGUGACUACGAUCCCAGGCCAUAUUCAAGGCAGUUCUAAAUCACCAGGAAACUACACCAAUGAGAAGAACCACGAAAAAUCGAUACAAUCACAGAAAAAUCUUAAAAGUAAUAAACAUGAUCUAGGGAA